GCCCAGCGGCGGCUCACUGAAAGCAGACCCUCCCCGGCGCUGGCUGGGCUGAGGUGCGGCUGUGCGCAGACCCGCGGCGGGCCGGGCCGAGCCGGGCGCCCCCUGGCCCGCGCCCCCGCUCCCCGCCGCUCCCCCGGGCCCGGCCCGGCGCGCCUGACGUGGACCAUUAAACUUGGAGCUGCCGCCUUGUCCGCUCUCUCCUCCUUCCUCUGACCGGCGGGCGGGCGGCUCGGUGCAGGCAGGAGACGUGCUGCCGGGCGGAGAUGACUUCUCGCCAGGAGGGCGCCGCUGGGAAGAAGACCGCGGGGGAGGCAAAGUUUCGGGGCAGCUGAGGAGCCUUCGCCGCAGCCCUUCCGAGCCCUGUCACCCCCCUUGCUAUGGAGGGCGGACUCUAAAAUGAAUCCCGAUCUGGACCCCGGCCACAACACAUCAACACCUGCCCACUGGGGAGAGUUGAAAAAUGCCAACUUCACUGGCCCCGACCAGACCUCGAGCAACUCCACACCGCCCCAGCUGGACAUCACCAGGGCCAUCUCCGUGGGCCUGGUGUUGGGCGCCUUCAUCCUCUUCGCCAUCGUGGGCAACAUCCUGGUCAUCUUGUCUGUGGCCUGCAACCGCCACCUGCGGACGCCCACCAACUACUUCAUCGUCAACCUGGCCAUCGCCGACCUGCUGCUGAGCUUCACGGUGCUGCCCUUCUCGGCCGCGCUGGAGGUGCUCGGCUACUGGGUGCUGGGGCGCAUCUUCUGUGACAUCUGGGCCGCUGUGGACGUCCUGUGCUGCACGGCCUCCAUUCUGAGCCUGUGCGCCAUCUCCAUCGAUCGCUACAUCGGGGUGCGCUACUCUCUGCAGUACCCCACGCUGGUCACCCGGAGGAAGGCCAUCUUGGCGCUCCUCAGCGUCUGGGUCUUAUCCACCGUCAUCUCCAUCGGGCCUCUCCUUGGGUGGAAGGAGCCAGCGCCCAACGAUGACAAGGAAUGUGGGGUCACAGAAGAACCCUUCUACGCCCUCUUCUCCUCCCUGGGCUCCUUCUACAUCCCCCUGGCUGUCAUUCUGGUCAUGUACUGCCGCGUCUACAUCGUGGCCAAGAGGACCACCAAGAACCUGGAGGCUGGAGUCAUGAAGGAGAUGUCCAACUCCAAGGAGCUGACCCUGAGGAUCCACUCCAAGAACUUUCAUGAGGACACCCUCAGCAGUACCAAGGCCAAGGGCCACAACCCCCGGAGUUCCAUAGCUGUCAAACUUUUUAAGUUCUCCAGGGAAAAGAAAGCAGCCAAGACCUUGGGCAUUGUGGUUGGGAUGUUCAUCCUGUGUUGGCUGCCCUUCUUCAUUGCUCUGCCACUUGGCUCCCUGUUCUCCACCCUGAAGCCCCCCGACGCCGUGUUCAAGGUGGUGUUCUGGCUGGGCUACUUCAACAGCUGCCUCAACCCCAUCAUCUACCCGUGCUCCAGCAAGGAGUUCAAGCGCGCCUUCCUGCGCAUCCUCGGGUGCCAGUGCCGCGGCCGCCGCCGCCGCCGCCGCCGCCGCCGCCGCCUGGGCGGCCUCGCCUACACGUACCGGCCGUGGACGCGCGGCGGCUCGCUGGAGCGCUCGCAGUCGCGCAAGGACUCGCUGGACGACAGCGGCAGCUGCCUCAGCGGCAGCCAGCGGACCCUGCCCUCGGCCUCGCCGAGCCCGGGCUACCUGGGCCGCGGCGCGCCGCCGCCCGUCGAGCUGUGCGCCCUCCCGGAGUGGAAGGCGCCCGGCGCCCUCCUGAGCCUGCCCGCGCCCGAGCCCCCCGGCCGCCGCGGCCGCCACGACCCGGGCCCGCUCUUCACCUUCAAUCUCCUGGCCGAGCCCGAGAGCCCUGGGACCGACGGCGGCGCCAGCAACUGCGGCUGCGAGGCCGCGGCCGACGUGGCUAACGGGCAGCCGGGCUUCAAAACCAAUAUGCCCCUGGCGCCCGGGCAGUUUUAGGGCCCCGCGUACAGCUUUCUUUCCCUGGGGAGGAGGUCACCGUGGGGGGCGGGCGGUGAGUG